GCGGCAACGCCACGAGGAACGCCAGAAGACCUGCCCCGCCGAAGUGAAGCACCGGGAGCAUGAAGACCGCAACAAAAGAAACAAUUGGUGGGUUCGCUGUCGAGGGCGACAGCGACAACGAAGAAACGCGCUCAUUCCUGAGGAGGAGACAUACUGCCUGCCCUACGUGGAGCAAUUGCUGCCAGGUCAGGAAGCCAACUGCAAGCUUUCCGGUCGCGGCGCUGCCUGCAAGGAAGGAUAACAGCGAUGCUACAACAUCCUCGACUCCUCCCUCAAGCAGGAAAAGAAAAGCAGAUGCGUCUGCUAUCAAGCCGGGCGAGACGCAAAAGAAAGCCAGACAGAACGCAACACCAACAAGACUGCCCGAGCUCCAGCAAGAGGAGCUCGAGAAUGAAGAUCUACAUUCAGGUUCAAAUGACGACGAGUCCGAUAGAUGGCCUUGGGGAAAAGACGAACCCGAAUCCCCAGAUUUCGAAGAGAUUGAGGAUCCGGAUGGGGAGGGGUUCCCGUUAUACGAAGCCGAAUGGUCCUAG